AUGCGGAAAGAAAGAAUGGAAAAUCUAACAACUACUGGAAAGAUUGCAGGGAGAAGAGAUCGCGGUCAACAACGAACAACAUUCGUGAAGUCCUUGUGCCACUUGUUGAAUAUCACCACAUUUCAACCACAACAAAACCCACCGAAGAAUGUUAACAUAAGCAUAGAAUCUCCGAAAGGAGGCCUUCUUAUUGGUCAGAAGUUGACGGUCACGUGCCAUGCAAUUGGCGGGAACCCCACGCCUGUCAUGGAGUGGAGGAAAACCUUCAAUACGCACAACUUCAACCCAACUCAACACACGAUAAUGAACGGAAAUCAAGUCAUCUCAAAGCUGACCUUUGACCUAGAUAGCGAGGAUAAUGGGGUCACGCUGUUUUGUAUUGCCCGCAAUGAAGCGGCCACCGUACAGAGAUCCGAAACUUUAUACGUCAAUUUUCCACCGAAGCAGGUGACCAUAGAAACACACAACCCCAACUACAUCAGUCGCAAAGAAAACAAAGAAAUGUCUCUGACCUGCGUCUCUGAUUGGUCAAACCCGGCGGCAAACAUCACGUGGUACAUAACAAGUUACAACAACAACAACGACGAUGACCUCAACAUGAUCCAACUAUACAACGUUGAAAACUCCAUCGACAACACAGUGAACAACAACAUCAACAACAACAUCAACAUGGUGAGCGGCCACAAAGGUUACAAAACAGUUAGCAAGGUCAAGUUUAUUCCGAUGUCACGUGAUCACGGGUCAACGGUCAUCUGCAGGGCGACCAAUCAGAUUACGGGAAGCACAGUCGAAAGAAAUGUUACUUUAAAAGUCGAUUAUAAACCGCGUUUCAUUGAGAUAAAACCAUCAGUAUUCAACGCCACCGAGGGCAGUUCUCAGGCGUCUAUCAAAGCUCUCGUUCACGCCUACCCACCCCCGGACAAAUUUUAUUGGCAGGUCAACGGCAGGAAGGAGGGGCCAUUUAACUGGAAUCGACCAAUCACGUUCGCCAAUUUGCGUAUGUCGGCCCGGGUCGUGAAAAAACUGUUUAAAAGUGGUCUCGAUAUGAAUGAAAAUUUUGAUAAAGAUGAACUGCAGAACAAUGGUGCCACUCAAGUGCAAGAGGCGUGGCUUAGCAUUAAUGACGUCACAAGGUCCGACGAAGGGGUGUACGAGUUGGAAGUCCACAACAACGAAGGGGCGUCCAGGUUGAUAAUUCAGAUGAAUGUACUAUACCCAGGGACCAUAUCGGAUGACCCACUUUCCCAUCCAAUCACGACGGCCCAAGAGGGCAGUGACGUCACGCUGGCCUGCCCUUUCCACGGCAACCCCAAGCCCUACUUGAUUAACUGGUACAAGAACGGGAGGCUGCUGAUUAGCGAAAAUAACAACAACAAUCAAAAUAAUAAUAAGUAUAAUAAUAAUAAUAAUAAUAAUAAUAAUAAAUAUAAUAAUAACAACAACAAUAAUAAUAAUAAUAAUAACAAUAAUGAUUAUGGUGGUGAUGUUUAUACUUACAACAUGGCCAAUAGCAAAUACUAUUACAACACUAAUAACAGCAGUAGUAGUAGUAGUAGUAAUAAUAACAAUAAUUACUUAUAUAAUAUUGAUAUCAAUAAUUUAAGUAAUAAUAAUAAUAAUAAUUGGGUCGUCGAAACGUCGACCAAUAGCAAGGAGAGGUAUGGAGUUUCAAGGUUGAACAUUGGGAAGGUCAUUUAUGAUAAUAUGGGCGUCUACAAAUGUGAAGUUUUCAAUGGUAUUGGUCAGAAAAUUAACCACAGCAAAGAUGCUGAUAACGAUGGUGACGGUGGUGAUGAUGAUGAUGAUAAGAACGGCGAUGAUAAUGAUGUUAAUAAUAAUAAUAAGAAAAACAUGGCUCUUCUCGUGAACUACAAAGCCAGAACCCUUGCCCCGAACUACUUCAACAACAAGAUUGCAGCCGCAAAGGUCAAGCAGGAUGUGACCUUGACCUGUUUAGGGCACGGGUACCCAGAGGUCACAGUUCUCUGGUUCAGACAGCAUGGAAAUGAUGCCAUCAGGAUCAGUCCGAACAACAAACACCACAUGAGGACCGCGUCACCGACGAUGUCCAUGAGGCAGCUGGAAUAUGCACUUCUCCCACUACCAUCUUCGUCAUCACAACCAUCGUCUUCAUCAUCAUCAUCAUCGUCGUCUUCAUUGUCUUCAUCUUCAUCUUCGUCGUCUUCAUCGUCGUCGUCUUCAUCACAAACAUCAUCGCUGCUGACAGUUGCCAACUUUACUUACGUGUCUACUUUGGAAAUUCGAAACAUUCAGACGCGGGACAUGGGCUCUUACAGGUGUAGGCUUUCUAACGCGCUGGGGUUUGAUGACUUCAAUAUCACUCUGCAGAGUCCUGACGUACCGUACCCUGCCUCUAAUAUUUACAUAAUAAAUUCAACCCACGAAUCAAUCACGUUGUCUUGGUGGGCGGGAUUCAACGGCGGCACCAACCAAUCAUUUCUCGUCAAAUACAAAACUUGCCCAAUGGCGUACAAUGACGAGCCUAAUGCUUAUGCAAAUGAGGAAAAUGGAUGGGUUAAAUAUGAUAAUGAGGCAAAAGAAGGCGAGGCUAAAAAUGAGGAAUUUGUGGUAAAUGUCACAGAUUCAUCUAGCUUACUGGAUCGAACGAUUAUUUACUCUUUAAAUGCAUUGACGCUGAAUACAUGCUAUCACGUCGUUAUCAUUCCAUUCAAUGAGUAUGGAUUUGGAAAUUCCCCACUUGGUCCGUUUAGGGCCUAUACAAAUUCUGAACCACCCCAUUCUGAAAGUAGUAUCUUCCAUUUUGACCAAUCCAUCUUGAUAUACGGCUGUGCGAGUCUGGUCGUCAUCAUGAUCCUAAUUAUUUCCUUCGUCUGUCUCAUCAAGAAGAUGAAGAUGAGGGAGAAAGAGAUUGAAAAAUCGUCUACACCGACAUUAAAAUUCGCGACGACUUCAGGCGCGACCGCUACACCGCAACAACCACCAACGACAACGUCAAUGGGACGCCCAUUAACGUCGUCGUCAUCGUCGACAGCAGCCACGACAACGGCCACAACGACGACGACUUUAGAUUUGAUAGGCGCGCCACCGCUUGUAGAUGACUUCGACUACAGCAGAUGUUUUGAUACUGCCACACGGAACAACUACAGGCUUAACUUUUAUAAAAACAACCACAAUGACGACGAUGAGCCCCCAAGAUACAACAGUGCAUUUGACAAGUUAAGCCAGACGAACAGCUUAUACAGCGGAUCUGAGAACUUUAGAGGUUUUGAUGAUGAUGGUUACGUGAAUCAGUUGAGAAAAUAUUCACCCACAUUGCUAUUAAGCAACAACAACAACAAUGACAUCAACAACUUUAUAAACAACAACAUCGACGAUGACAACCACGUCGUAUUCAACAAGUUCUACAGUCUAACUAAAAACAACAGCUACAACAACAACAACAACAUCAAUAAUAAUAAUAAUAAUAACAAGAAUAAUAAUAAUAAUAAUAGUAACAUUUACCCAUUCAGUCAGCGCAAUCCUAAUGUAUACGUUCCGCCAGAGAUCAGGGGCCAUCUCGUAUAG